GGGGCGCGGCGGCAGCUCGCGCAGGGCGACGCGGCGGCGCGCGAGCAGGGCGCGGCGCCGGCGCGAGCAGGGCGACGCGGCGGCGCGAGCAAGUGACGCGGCGGCGCGAUAAGGGCGAGGAGCUGCGGGAGUAGGGGCAAGCCAGCGGCGCGCGAGCCUCCAUUGCCAGUUGCUGCUCAUCCUCAUCUUCUCCAUCCCCAUCCACAAACUGCAGAGCUCAGUUUCCAUUGUACAAGGUAGGAAAUGGAUAACAACAGUGGCAAGGGAGGAAGCACCCAUGCUUCAUGGACCUCAGCUAUGUCCUCUUUCAUGCUUUCUCACCUAGCUAAUGUUGUUGCUGGUGGCACAAGGACCUCAUCUGGUUUCAAGGCAGUCCAUCUCAAUGCAUGUGCUAGGGCGGUCAAUGAAAGGUUCAAUAGUACUCUCACGGGUGAGCAAAUUAAGAACCAUUUGAAGACAUGGCAAAGAAAGUUCUCGAAGAUAAAUAGGCUUAGGAAAGUGAGUGCUGCUGGUUGGGAUGAGAAAAACUUCAUUAUUACUCUUGAUGAUGAGCACUAUAAUGGUUAUACUGAGGAUCACAAGGCUGAUGCGGAUUAUUUUAACAAACCUCUUGCACACUAUGGUGAGAUGCUUACAAUAUUUGGUAGCACCAUGGCUACAGGAAAGUAUGCAAAGGACUCAAGUUCAGUCCUAGGAACAGAGGAUGUCCAAGAUGACAAUGAUGAAGAAAAUGAUGGUCCUGCCACUACUGAUGAUCGUGCGGAGGCAUCAUCUGCAAGUAAGCCAAAGAAAGCAAAAACACAAGAGAAUGAAGAUGACGGGCUGAUUGGUGCAUUCACUAGUGUUGGUGACAAGCUUGCCUCUGCUAUACUAAAGGUCGCCGAGCCGGACAAUAAGCUUCCAGAAGGUUUAUUUGACACAUUGAAAACCCUUCCUGGUUUUGAGGAGGUCCAUAGAUUAUUUUACUAUGCUCAUUUGGUUGCCAACCCUCAUAUUGCUAGAGCAUUCGAUGGACUUUCAUUUGAAAACAAGAUGCAUUGGUUUGCUAUGUUCAUUAGUGAAAAGUUCCCUGGAUCAACAUAGGCUUCUUGGAUGAGUUGGAUAGUUCUUUUGGUGUUAUGUGUUGUUGGUUGGCUUAUUUACCUAUUAUAUGUAAGACUUUAAACUGCCAAUAUGUUUGAGGCAGAGAACUUACUAGACUUAAAAUUGCUAUCAUGUGCAAGAAUUAAAAUGUGCUAUUAUGUGUAAGACCUUCGGUUGCUAAUAUGUGUAAGACUAAAAUUUGCUAUUAUUAUGUGUGGCUUGUAUUAUA